AUGGUGGAACAGCAUGAUUCUUUAUGUCUUUUACCGUCAUCAAUGCGUUGUUUGUGCGCUUUGUUGACGCUACUUUUGAUCGUUUCACUUGGAGCUGCGAUAUUCAAUUCGUUACAAGUUGCUUCGAAAGGCUCAAAAUCUUAUUGUAAGCGGCAACACGACGUUUUUCAUCCGAGUUACUUAUGCCCAAAAGAGGGAAUGUUUCAAUAUUAUGCUUGUUGUGAUGACGAAAAAGAGCAAACACCUGUGUGUUGUCCGAAAUUGAAAUUUUGGUUUUUAUUAGCCAUUGCCUGCAUAGCUGCCUCAUUUCUCGUCGGGAUCUCCUAUGUCGUGCUUAAUUAUACAAGAAAUCGAAAAAAACAGAACGAAAGCUUGGUUUCA